UCGUGUAAGAACGUUGUCACAAGUUUCCGAGGAGUUAUGCUGACUUACAAUAGCGGAUUUCGUUACUGAGUGUUGCACAGCAGUCAAAUUUUAACUUUUUUCAUAAGAAAGGAAAGUGAAAGAUGAAACAUUGUACUUUAGUUUAGACUUUACAGAUUUUAAUUCUGAGUUUGGUUUGAAGAGAAAACUGGGUCCAAUUUCGACUGUUUGAUACAGAUUUUUUCUGCAACUUCAGUAGAAAGAACAGUAUUUGGAUGAGCUAGCUAUUUAGGGACCCUUUCUGUACACCCAAUCAUGCUGUAAAGUGUUUUGAAUGUCUAAAGUUUUCAGCAACGUUUAGUGUUCUUGGUCUGAUUUUCUGUGAGACAUUAGUUCGGCUUCUUUCCGUAAAAGUUAGAAACAUCCAACAUGUGUUAUGUCAUUGUGACUUCACGAACUUUGUUAUGGACGUUACUAACAAUAGCGACAUCUUUAGCCAUGGUAGCGGCAGUUAUUACACCCAGUUGGUUAAUUGGGUCACCCAGAAAGCCCGGUUUAAGAUCAAGGUCACCUACCCCAGGGAACAAUGAAGAAAUGUAUUCUCCAACGUUAGGUAUAUAUAACCGGUGCACAAAGAUUCAUCAAGUGGACCAACUAUUCACAGAUAGCUGUGCACCGUUUGUAACUAGCUUUGGAAUGCCUUCUGAAGAGUUCCCUAACUUUUGGAAGGCGGCUUUGGUGUUUUUCGCUUUUGGAAUAGGUCUGAUGGUGUUUACUGUGUUUACGUCAGUAUUAGGAUGCUGCAUUCGUAGUAUUAUCAAGAAGAGUAUUUUCACCAUAUCGGGAACAAUACAGGCUAUUGCAGGUUUGUUGUUCAUCUUGGGAUUAGUUCUUUAUCCAGCCGGUUGGGGAAGUACACGAGUGCAGCUCGUUUGUGGUGAAAGUGCACAACCAUUUCUAUUGGGAGACUGCAGGUUGGGAUGGACUUUUUAUUUGGCCAUUGGAAGUACAAUCGUGACAUUCAUAUGUUCUGUGUUGUCAGUCCAAGCAGAGAUCUCCACAUCUUCAGAUAAAGUACAAGACGAAAUUCUUGAAGGGAAAAACUUGAUUUGUCUGUUAUAAUUUUGUUGUUGGAAACGUUUGAAAAAAUAAUUGGUAACAUUUCAUCGGAUGCUGUGCCUAGAUUUGAAAAAUCUCACUGCAGUUAUGACAAAAAUAGAUGGCAGCACGUUUUUCUAAUGCCAACUAUUUUGUAUAAAUUUACAUUAAAGAAUUGUGCAAAGCGACAUAAUUUCAAGUAAUUUGUUAUACCAACUUUAUUUUAAAUAGGAGUUGUAAAGUUUAACAUUUUGUUGCUGUAUUGAAUUUUAUAAAAGCAUUCUUAUCAGUGUAGACAUUUUAUUCAAGUAAGAGCUGUCAUUAUUAAUCAUGUUAACAAAAGUUGAUAACAGUAUUUCAAACAUUAACUCUUACUUGUUUGUGAUAUUUUUUAUGAAUAAACUUCCAAAGAAGUCAUUAAAGUGAUGGUUUUAGAUAGUUUUCAAUGAUUGUCAUGCAUUUCCUUUGUAGACACCAUUAUCUUGCGCAGAGGUGAAAUUCUCAAAAAAAAAGUAGAGGUACUCAGCUGGGUGAAGUGAACCCGUUUUUGAAAAAGAAAAAAAAUCUACGUGUAAACACAAAAAAACGACAAAGCAGCUCAAAUAAGUCCUGGUACUAGUACCGCCUUAAAAAAAAAUAAGAUCCGGUACUCAGUACCGGUGAGUAUCGGCAGAAUUUCACUCCUGAUCUUGCGCCCAUUUCUUUGAAGUCUACUUAAAUAAUAUUUUAAUAUCAUUUGCUCAUGUUUUUGCAUCAUUGGAUGUUCAUGUGACAAUUUUAAUCAUUCUUUUCUCUUUUUCAGAGUAUCUUAUACAUUUGGUGAGUAAACGGCUCUUAUCUCCAGUAAAAUUAACGAAUAUUUUAUUUUCCUGGAGAUAAGAAACAUAUAAUUAUAAAUGACUAGCUGAGUAGUGUUGUUUGAGUCCGAAUUUGAUAAGCUUUAAUAUCUUGUUUUCAUUUGCUUUAAAAGUCACAUUUUCAAUACUUUACAAACAAACUUAUGAACGUUUAUAUUUAUUCUGUUCUCACACGAAUCAUACGAUAUGUAAUAAGGUAUAACAAUGAAGUAAUGGGAGACUAUAACGUUGAAGAAAUUCCCAAACAGAAAUAAAGACAGUGUGGUGUUGGAAUGAAAUAGCGUGUCAUAAAAUACUCUGUGGUUUUGUACUCGUAAAACAAUUUCCAGGAGCGAACUAAAAAGGAUAUUUAUUUCCUAGUUAUAUAUCAAUGUAUACUGUGUUGUAUAAGAUAAUUGGCAAUUUAGAAAGUUACUGAAAUCUGUAAAUACAAAUUGAUUUUUUUUUUACAUUUUCUCGAAAAAAUAUUUACUUUAUACAAGAAGUUGUAUUAAAAUAUACUCAACCUUUAUACAUUUUGAAAUGUACAAAUAUUGAAACAAACGUAAGUAAAAUUAUUAAGUUAAGAUUAAAAAGAAAUCUCAGAUUGCUAAGUUAGA